AUGUCUCUGUCUCCUCGCGCCUCGAUCGCCAGCAAGGAUAGCGGCCCCGUGUCGUCGUUCGACCAAGAUGAAGUCCAACUGUGGUGGUGCACACUGGAUCUUUUGGCUGCGGGUAUCCCCGUUCUUUUACCCGCUUCACCGCCUCUGGCCUGCGAAGAGACGGGAGCCGAGGGCGCGAUGCUGCCGAGCGUGGAUGCGAGGCGGCUCGUGGGGCGGGGGUUGAGAUCAUACCGCUUGAACCUGAUCAGCGCUCAGACCUGCGUAGGGAAGCCCCCAGUGUCGCACUCACUUUGUUUCCCUCCCCCGAGGCGGGGGAGCAGACACGAGUUUACUAACGCGCUUUACGUUCCCCUUCUCCAGCAAAGCCUCGGCUACAAGCAGCAACUUCAUCGUAGUUGGCACUUUAUCGAAAACUUCGCCGCGAGCUUUUGCGCCUUGAACUUCAUCGGCGGUGUUCGCUCGGUCCUCUUCCUUGGUCUCCUCGCUGGCGGCCCUGCUGCCGUAUGGUCGUCCUAUGUGAUCACCAUUGUGUUCAUGACCAUCACGGCUUUCGUUUUGGCUGAAAUCUGCUCGGCGCUGCCGCUCAGCGGUUCCAUCUACAUCUGGGCCGCUGAAAGCGCAGGCCCCAAGUACGCUCGCUUCUUCGGUUUCGUCGUAGCGUGGUGGUCAACUACUGCCUGGGCGACGUUCGUGGCUUCGAACUGUCAGUCUACGACGAACUACAUUGUUUCGCAGAUGGUCGUUUGGGACGUCUCUUUCCCGGGCGGCGUCGGCAACGACACGAUCAAAUGGCGCACUCUAAUCUGGAUCGUCUCUGAGGGCAUCCUGCUCAUCUCUAUCGCAAUGAACUUCAUGCCCCCGCGCUACUACUCCGGAGUGUUCAAGUUCUCGCUAGUUCUCAUGAUGGUCGACUUCCUUCUUUGCGUCAUCUGGUUCCCGAUCGCGGCGCACAACUCCUACGGUUUGCGUACGGCGAGCGAAGUCUUCACGCAGACGUACAAUGGAACGGGCGCGCCGGCCGGAUGGAACUGGAUCUUGAGCUUCCUGUUCACUGCUGGAACGCUCACCGGAUUCGAUGCGAGUGGACAUGUGGCGGAGGAGACAAAGCAUGCCAGUGUCACUGCGGCCCGCGGUAUUGUUUGGAGUUGUAUCGCGACCGGCAUCUGCGGUUUUGCAGCCACCAUCCUGUUCCUGUUCUGCACGCCCGAUCUCGAUACCGUCUUCGCACUCGGUGCGCCUCAGCCCUUCGUCCAGAUCUACGCUCUUGCGCUCGGCAAGAAGGCCAGCAUCUUUAUGACCAUUCUGGCCGUCGUCGGUCUCAUCAUGAACACUACGAUCGCGGUUGUCGCCGCCUCCCGCCUCAUCUACGCCGUAGCGCGUGACGGUGUCCUCCCCAUGUCUGGCUGGAUCGGUCAAGUCGACAAGAACGGUCAACCGCGCAACGCCGUCAUCGUCAUCUACAUCUUCGCGGCCGCCCUCCUCUGCACCAUCCUCCCCUCCUCCGUAGCCUUCACCUCGCUCGUCUCAGCCGCUGGCGUGCCCACCAUCGCCGCCUACGGCCUCAUGGCCCUCCUCCGCCUCCUCUUCACACGCAACAGCUUCACAGCCUCCGCGUUCUACCUCGGCCGCUGGCGCAUACCCGCGUACAUCUCGACUGUCAUCUUCAACGCGCUUAUCGUCGCCGUGGACGUCUCGCCGUUCUUCUUCCCCGUCGACGCGGACAGUUUCAACUUCUCACCUAUCAUUUUCGGCGCGGUCACGAUCUUCGGUGUGCUUAGUUGGUGGUUCACGCCUAAGGAGAAGUGGUUGCGCCAGGAGCAGAUCGAGCAGGCGUUGAGGGUUGCGGAGGGGCUUGAAGGGCCUCAGCACGGCUAUCAUUAG